AUCAAUGCUGGUAUUAGUUUAAUAAUAAUGGGAACAUCAAAACAAGAAUUUGAUGCAUUAGCUACUUUAGGUAUUACCGCAUCAUAUAAAGUUAUUGCAACAAGAAAAUACAAAUUAUUAGAAACAUGA